CUCUCUCCCUCUCCGUCUCUCACUCCAUCCCCAUCCUUUGCUCGGUCCCACUCCCUCUCUCCGCUGCCUACCUCCCUCGUUCCCUCUCAGUCCCUCGCUCCUUCCCUCACUCCCUCCCUGUCCCUCACUCCC